AUGAUUCGACUCCUAGUUCUCUGCUUGACUCUGAUUGCUAGCUCGUUUGCGUUGCCUUCCCAUAUUUUGGAUGCACCAGAGGCGCUAGCAGAGCCAACGAAAGGUGUCAACUGGGCUCUCAUUGUAGCUGGCUCGAACACAUGGGGAAACUACAGACAUCAGGCUGAUGCAUGCCAUGCCUAUCAGAUUUUGCACUCUAAUGGAAUUCCAGACGAACGCAUUGUCGUCAUGAUAUAUGAUGACAUUGCUAACAAUGACGAGAAUCCCACCCCUGGUAUCAUAAUAAACCAACCCAAUGGUACUGACGUCUACAAAGGUGUUCUGAAGGACUACACACAAGAGGAUGUUACUCCUGAAAACUUCUUGAAUAUUUUGCAAGGUAAUGCUGCAGCAAUGCAAGGUAUUGGUAGCGGCAAAGUUAUCGCGAGCGGUCCUAAUGAUCAUGUAUUUGUGAAUUUUGUUGACCAUGGUGCACCGGGUAUUGUGGCAUUUCCAGCGGGAGGCGAGCUACAUGCUAAUGAUUUAAAUGAUGCUAUUAAUAGUAUGAACCAACAACAGAAAUAUGCCAAGAUGGUGUUUUACAUUGAAGCCUGUGAAUCUGGUUCGAUGUUUGAGGGCCUAUUAACCGAUAACAUCAAUGUGUUCGCCACAACCGCUUCCAAUGCACAGGAGUCAUCAUAUGCUUGUUACUUUGACGAUGAGAGGCAAACCUAUUUAGGUGAUGUUUAUAGUGUGAAGUGGAUGGAAGAUUCUGACAUGGCAGACAUGUCUAUGGAGACAUUACAACAACAAUUUGAAGUAGUGAAAAAGGAGACGAAUACAAGCCACGUGAUGGAGUACGGUGAUCUGACGAUGGGAAGUCUUGCACUUGACGAGUUUCAAGGAGACUCUAAUCAGAAAAAUGGUAAUGGUAGGAAGUCUCCUCGCUUACCAUUGAAUGCAGUGGCAGCUCCUGAUGUUCCCAUGGCGAUUCUUGAACAUCGAUUGAUGGCUGCGAAAGAUGUAGAGAAGAGAAUAGAGAUUGUGAAAGAAAUGGACAAACUACUACAGAUGCGAAAAUUUGUAACAGAUACAGUUGCAAGUAUCGUGAAGCAUGCUACCGAUAGUUCAGAUCAAGCAGAUUUGAUGAUCAAUACCAAGAAACCAACUUUAACUAGCCACUACUGCUAUAAAGCAGCUGUGAGACACUUCUCCGAUCAUUGCUUCAGUCUCAAUAAGAAUGAUUAUCCCUUACGUCACCUAUAUGUGUUUGUGAACAUGUGUGAGGCAAGAAUUCCAUCUGCCAGGGUUAUGGAUGCUAUUGAUAAGGUUUGUGGUGAACAACUCGGUGACUUUGCUACUGGAAUCUAUUAGAAGAUCUGUGACCAUACAUGGAUGUUAUUUUCGCUAAUACGCAACUCUUAUAUACCAGAAUCUUUCAAACCUGACUUAUUAUUUCCUAAACUUAUUUCUGGUUUUUGCCAGCUUUUGGGGACAGCUGUUUUUUUUUUUUUUUACAGUUUAACCAUUGACUGUACCACUAGCAAAUGUACUAAGCAAGUCAUCUGUGGUUGACUGAAGUGCAUGGAAAGAGGGAUAUGUACUUGUUUUUGUUUUGCAAUAUAUCAUUAAUGAGGGGUAUUUACAGCCAUUCUGAGAAUUAUUCAGACAGUUAGCAAGACAACACGCAACUUUACAAAACACUUAAUAGGUUUUUGCAAAGUUGCAAGCCAUCUUGCUAACUGAUUAGCUUAAGAGGAAUUAAUAUAUUUUCUACUGAUUUCUAAUAAAAUAUUCACAAGAUGUAUUUUUACUAUUUGUCAAUCAAUUGAUUAAUUUUGCUGUAAUCAUGUCAAUGUUUUUUACUGCAGUAGAACUGCAUAAAAACAAAAAGUAAAGAUUAGUGGCCAUAGGGGGCGCUAAUUUACACCUGUCUUGUCUACUUGCAUUCCAAAAACAUAAAGAAGUAAUAAACCUGCAUUUUAAUCUUUUA